CUCGGUGAGGGUGUACACGUGACGCGUCACCGCCAACUUACCUUUUAUCGGCCGGUCUUUGAUAAUGCUAAUAAACAAAAAAGCAUCGGAACGGGAACAAGUUUUGCACUCCGCCAAUCAGAAACGCUAAAACACAAAACAAAGCGGCAAACAGCAAGAGAAAGCGAACUUGACAACAAACAAACAUGUGAAUUCUUUAUGACAUUAUCGAUUCGGAAGAAUAGUGCCGAAAAUAUUACGUUCUAGUGCAAAUUGUUCUAGUGAGAUGGUUUAGUGAUUUUUCCCAAUCGCCCUCCGGAUUAGAACACAAGAAAGAUACAGUGGUGGCUUUGUGCGGUCAACGAACAGGUUAUAAUAGUCAAAGAUGUCCAGUAGAAGUCUGAGUUUUGCGGCAUGCACUGUUACCAUCAUCCUGGCCGUCGCGGUUUCAUACACACAAGGUACGCCUUUUUCCGGAAUUCACCGACGACAGUCUCCAAAUUUGCGUGUCUUAGGUGGUUGCGAGUUCAAGAAAUCGUGGAUCGGCAGGUGGUUCUUAAGUGGCGUUCCUAACCUUAUCUACAUCAACUCGACGCAUAUAGAGACGAAGGGCGAGUGCUAUGAGGAGCAAGGGGACAAGUACCUCGUUUACGACAAAACCGAAGAUUGCUACAGGUGCUUGGCCAUUCACGAGAAACACCAAAGCGUUCUCCAAUACAAAGAAACUUUUUGUGAGACCAAAGCGUCCCUACAAGAAAUUUGCUACGGGAUAACGGGAGACGCACCUUUAUACAGCAUGUUUCGUAAACAUCCCGAAGCCAAACCUGUGCCGUGUCCCUUCAGGAGUGCCCCUUUUACCUUCAGCUACAACAGGGGCUCGGGUGACUGCAACAAUCCACCGAGCAAGGCCGAGAGUUGCACAGACGAUUCUCGCCUGGUUUUAAAGUAUCAGGCUUGUCCUGACGUUCCAUCCACCGAAAGCAACGUGGAGGAACUCGUAUGCCUAGCAACAUGGAAAGAAGGCUCGACUCGAUACCUCAUCGGUCGCAUUUCUCAAGGCAACCGCCGCAAUUUGAUCUCCGACGAAGACCAGUACCGAUGCUUCAUCUACCAAAAGAACACAGAGAACAGCAAGAGCGUGUACAACGUCGCCCAAUCAGGAGACGCCACGUGCAACGGGCUCCAGAACGCCUUCGAAGGCAGCAGAACCAUGAAGCUCACUACGGUAGAUAACCACCACAACCGUUGCAAGUUUCCGCUAUGGAUAACGGACCAUCACACUUGGCUCAGUCUAGACCACCACAAAACUUACAAAUUUAGCCAAAGAAACGCCACGCUCAAAAUACUAGACGACGAAGCGCCUAAACCGAACAAAGUUCACCAAAACUUCGCCUUCGGAUUCCAACAGCUCGGAUUCGAGUCGCAGGAUCAGAGAAAGCAGAACUCGGAAAUGAGAGUGGUGUGUCAUAUGAUUUUGCAAUCACACGAUCAUAAGAAAGUUCAGAUUGUGGCUCAUGUUACGGCUGGAUGCGAUAGCGGCUACGUCUGCAUGAUGUUCUACAAACGAGAUUCGAAUGUGAUCGAGUUGCAGCAAUCAGAAAACUAUUUCGAGAACCCCGAUGAAGCUUGUGCCAACUUUAAUCCGACAACAACCCCAUAUACGACUUUAAUUACUACAAAUCUACACACCAAAAAGUGUCCCCAUCUUGGUCGAUACACGUUGUUCAACGUCGUCUCGUCGACUCCAGAAAAGCGGAAAAAGCGCCAGCAACCCGACGAUGGCACGUCUAAUCAACUUUCAGCCGAUUGUUAUUCCCACAAUUACGAAGCUCUCGCAGUAGGCUGCGGCGGUUCGCACGGCAUGGAAUUUCGCUCAUCGUGUGCCCAGCAGACCAUUAGCGAAUAUUCCUGUCAUGGCAGCUGGGAAGAAAAUGGAAUUUCGUACGUCAUCGCGUCACCUGUGGCAAGAAAGUCGACUGACGCGCUGCGUUAUUGUUUCAUUUAUACGUUGUCGAACCAACCAGAGACGACCGUCAUCGAAGGCUCGCUGGGCAAGAAGGUCGAGCCUCCCGUAUUGCGUCUGAGUGGAGUUGCCGAGACUUGUAAAAGAAGCGUCAUACCGGGAGUCACGGGGAUUUGGGCCUUCAAUUUCACUAGUAACGGAACCUGCGCCGUCGACAACGAAAAUUCCAGUUCCAUCGUAAUUCCGACGUUUCUGAUCGUCCUAUCUUCAGUAUUGGCGGCGCUCGUUAUAAGAUGAUGAAGACGAACGGUUUUACAUACUCUGUCUGAGUAUUAAGUGGUUACGAAAGAACUUAGUAAAAGAAUUCGAUUUUUAUUCUUCGUUUACGUUUUCGUUUCGUUCGGAUAAAUGUUGGCUUCGAUUUUUGUGUACACUUUAAUUAUACAAGCAUGUAUUUUAUCGUAAUAAUAAUGUGGAGCUUAACGGUACAACGAAUGUUUUAGUUCUUGUGCUUGUGUAAUUAAGGGUUUUAUUUAUUAUUUUUUUGUUUCGGAAAAGAUGUAUGUAAUAGCACAAAUUGUAUAUUUACGUAUCUUGCCUGUAUAUAAUUUACGCGUUUGUUUUCUAAAAAUGAAAAACAUUGAAAAUACUGUGAUGGAAAGUAGCUUGUUGAAAAAGGUGGUUAUUAAAAUGUUUUAUACCUAUUUUCUCUUGCCAUUAUUACUGUAGCGACUCAAAUAUUCAUUUGUUGUAUACAUAUGAUAGGUGUUGCCUCCCUUAUUGUACUUCUAGACAAAUUCUAAACAUCUAGAAUGGAAGAUGAAACAAGCUAUUGUCUGUUAGAAGAUUAAAAUUUAGACGUACAUUUUAUACCGGACACGACACAGUAUUCUGAACAGUAGAAAUAUAUUAAGAUUUUAUAUAUUUGGUACUGCCAAUACUUGUAAUUAAAAAAAAAACAAACGGGGUAAUCAUAUUCCUGUCUUUAGACGAGUUCGUAGGAAGCGACGCUGAUUACCCAAGGGAUAGUAGUUUCGUUAUUCAAGAGUAUACAGAGGGAAGAGGUAUAUUUUAAAAAAAUAAAAAAAGAAACUAAAAGAUUGUAAAGUUGUACAUAAAAGCUAGUUCAGAGUAGACUUAUAAGAAUGUUACAAAGAACGAACUGGAUUAUGGUAUAUAAGACGUUUUUAGUGUUUUCGCAUAUUUUUUUAUGUAUUUAAACACUAUUUUUUACUUCACAAGCCAAGAUUUUUCAUGUAAUAUAAUGUUUAUAUUAUAAUAAUAUAGCUACGAUUUUUAAACAUAUUCAUACACUGUCGUAGACCGUUUCUUAGUUCUUUGUGUCCAAAAAUAAAAUCUAUUCUCACAUCGUCAUCCCAAACAUCUUCGUGGAUAUGUUCCCAUUUUUUUGUAUAUUACUGUAUAUAUGUGUUCUAUAAGUGGUUUUACUUGUUUUUAUAUUUGUACAUGUAAAAAAGACUGUGACGCUCUAUUUGGUUUUUAUUUUAUUAUUUAUUUUACGAAAAGGUCCUCGCUGCCCACUCACACUCAAAGCAUGUUCAUUGUUUCGAUCAAAUGUUUCAUAUUUAAGUGGCUUCUAUACAAAUCGUGUGUAAAAGGAGUCGUGGGCCUUAUUUUUCUGUGAUUUUCUAAUUUGCUGCUUGUGUAACUAACUUAUUUACGUUUUUUAUGUUCUGAAAAAAACAUUUUCGCCAUAAUAGUGUGUCCAAUUUUUGCUUAUCAUAUUAUAAGGGUUAAUUAUUAUAUUUUGACUACGAAAAUAAAGUGAAAUAAUCAAAA